AUGCCUCUUGAAGACAGUGUGGUCCACGGGCUGCCCAAAACCCCCUUGCCUCUUCGCCAGCUAUUCAUCGUAUCUCUCCUCCAAGGCGCCGAACCGCUGACUUCGUCGAUUAUCUUCCCGUUCGUCAACCAGGCCGUACGCGAAUCUGGCAUUACGGGCGGCGACGAGACCAAGACGGGGUAUUAUGCCGGUGCUAUCGAAUCUGUAUUCUUUGUCGCAGAAUGUCUGACGGUCGUCUAUUGGGGCCGUCUCUCAGAUCGAAUCGGUCGCAAGCCAGUGAUGCUGAUCGGCCUCGUGGGUCUGGCGAUCUCCAUGAUCACAUUCGGGCUCUCGAAGUCGUACUGGGUUCUGUUCCUUAGUAGAUUCAUACAAGGAAUGUCGAACGGGAACAUGGGCAUGGCGAAGAACAUCAUCGCAGAGAUCACGGACGAAAGCAACAUAGCCGACGCGUUCGCGUGUCUCCCUUUGAUCUGGUCCAUCGGGGGAACAGUCGGCCCAAUCAUCGGAGGCACCCUCUCUAACCCCGCGACAUCCUACCCGUCUUCCGUCUUCGCGACCUGGCCUCUCUUCAUCAAGCACCCGUACUUGCUGCCGUGCAUGGUCGCCGCCAUAUACAGCUUGCUCAGCUUGACUGUCGGCUUGCUUUGGUUGCAUGAGCUUUCUGGGGAUGACUUCGAGUCUUCUGUUUACACAACGCGCGCAGGCGCUGCAAUGCCGCACGACGCGCUAGUCACAUCCGCUGACGCACCCUCAGAGUCGACGCCUCUCCUACCACCAUCCCCGUCCUCCACCACCGUCUCGCUCCCCUCCUCCCUCUCUUCCUCCUCCACCACACUCUCCCACUCCCCCAGAACCCUCCUCAGCACCCCCCCGAUCCGCUUCUCCCUCAUCAACCUCGCAUUCCUCGCCUUCGCCGACCAAUCCUGCCAAGUAAUCCUCCCCCUCGUCUUCUCGACCCCCACCUCCCUCUAUGGCCUCGCACUCCGUCCAUACGCUAUCGGGGUGACACUCGGUGUCUUCGGUGUCCUCAAUGGGCUCAUACAGGUCUACGCCCUCGGGUGGCUGACGAGCCGCUUCGGCAGCACGAAGGUGUACCAGUGGGGUUUCGCGGGCCUGCUCGGUGCGUUCUCGAUGUACGUCGCGGUCGGGGAGGCCGUCAGACUCAGAGGAGAGGUCGAUACGCUCGUCUGGGCACUGGUGGUCGUGCUCCUCGCGUUCUUCUCGCAAUACUAUAUGGCUUGGGGUACGUCCCUGAUUCCGGCGAUCUAUAUACCCGAUCCUCGUAUCUGCGUCCCCCGCCCCCUCGGCCCUCGCGACGCUCACAGCCCUCGGCCAGAUCGCCACAUCCACCACGCGCGCCGUCGCGCCCGCGUUCGCGUCCUCCCUGUUCGCAUUCUCGAUGCAGAUGCGCGAGUACUAUCGAGGCGAUGA